AUGAACACCAACCUAGGUGGCUCGCGACCCAGCAGUCAGAGCGCAGGCCCUCCGACCAACCCCGCCAACGGCCAGACUGGUAACCCAAGCGGUCAAAACGGCACUCCCACCUUCGGAAACUUUGGCCGCUUUGUCUCACCCCCUCCUAACGGCGCCAACGGUUCUGGCUUCGGAUCGUCCGACUUCGGCGGUGCCUUCUCGCAGCAAUUUCCUCCGCAGUAG